AUGGCAGAGCCCGAGAACGAAACCAUCGAGGCUUCUCCCUUAGCCGGGCAGAGCAUCAGUCACGUCGGAAAGCAAUACACGACGAUCAAGGAGGGGCUGGCGCAUAUCCUCGUGCCUCAUGGCAUCCCCACGUCAACCGAUCCGAAGAUGUCAAAGGAGGACACACAGAAGCAACAGGUCUUCUACAACCCCAUUCAGCAGUUCAAUCGCGACCUAAGCGUGUUAGCGAUAAAGACGUUUGGCGAGGAUUUGAUAUUGCGGAAAACACAAAAGCACGAGCAGCAAAAGAAGAAGGCGGAAAAGAAGAAAAACAGGGUAGGGAACGGCAAAGUCGAUGAGGAACCAGCACUGGCUCAACCCACCGGUGCUUCGUCGAAGAAGAGGAAGCUGGACGAGGACGAGUCUGGAGUGCAGGAAUCGGACAACAUUCCUGCAAAAAAGCGAAAACGUGUCCAUGGCGGAGAGGACGAACAAAUUACCAACGUUGAAGAUAUGUCUGCUCCGAAGGCACGAGGCGAGGACCGUCCUGCAUGGAGGCCGUCCUUUACUAUCCUUGAUGCUCUUUCUGCGACCGGUCUCAGGGCACUCCGUUAUGCGAACGAGAUCCCGUUUGUGACCUCCAUCACCGCCAACGACAUGUCGGAAAAGGCCACGGAAUCUAUUGCGCUGAACGUGAAGCAUAGCAAGCUUGAAGACAUGAUCCAAGCGCAUACGGGCAAUGCUAUUGCUUACAUGUACAGCUUCGUGGACAAGAAAGGGUACGAUGUGAUUGAUCUUGAUCCAUAUGGAACAGCUGCUCCCUUUAUGGAUUCCGCAAUACAAGCCAUUAAUGACGAGGGCUUGCUGUGCGUUACCUGCACUGACUCUGCGAUAUUCGCGUCUCAUGGCUAUCUGGAAAAGACGUACUCACUGUACGGCGGACUCCCGCUGAUAGGGGAUGCGUGUCACGAGGGAGGCAUACGGCUAAUAUUGCAUGCUCUUGCCUCAUCCGCGGGUAGGUACGGAAUGGCCAUUGAACCUCUCCUCUCCCUUUCCAUCGACUACUAUAUCCGAAUCUUCGUUCGCGUCCGAAAAUCUCCGAAUGAUGUCAAACUACUAGCCGGCAAGACAAUGAUUGUGUACCACUGCGACAAUGGGUGCAGAGCCUGGUCGACUCAGUUCCUGGCCCGCAACAAGUCUCAGCAGAAUCGGAAUGGCAACACGUUCUACAAGCACUCUUUUGCAUUAGGCCCUUCAGCCAAUGAGCAUUGCGAGCAUUGCGGCUUCAAGACUCAUUUAUCAGGUCCAAUGUACGGCGGCCCGUUGCAUAAUGUUGGCUUCAUCAAACGAGUCCUAGCGCAUCUGAAGGAGGCCGACCGCGAAACGUAUGCGACAACGGACCGCAUCGAGGGCAUGCUUCAUACAGCACUUGAAGAGAUAACUUUUGGCGCUAAAGGGGAGGAGGAUACCGAGGAGAUGAAGGAACCGGAGCGGCUAGCUCCCCUGAUACCGAAAUCAGACCCGGCAGAGGUCGACCAUCACCCAUUUUUCUUCAUCCCGAGCGCAAUUUCGAAAGUCGUUCAUUGCUCGGCGCCACCCGCUGCGGCAAUUCGCGGCGCAUUACGCCACAACGGUUUCAGAGUGACGAUGAGCCAUUGCAAACCCGGUUCGAUCAAGACGGAUGCGUCGUGGAAAGAUAUAUGGCACAUAAUGCUGGAAUGGGUCCGCCAGAGAGCCCCGCUGAAAAAUCCACUCAAGAAGGAAAGUGCCGGACACGCCAUCAUGUCCAAAGGCAGCGCUCAUCAGCUCAAAGGGGCGGAUAACAAAGAGUCCGCGGACACGGUAGAUAAUUCGGAAAAUCUUGCCAAGAACGCGCAGGGAACCGGUGGAUUUGAGGAGGAAGAUUUGUCAAAAGCUGGCGAGGAGAGACACGGCGAUCGUCCGUCAUACAUGGGCGUCGAUUUCGAAGUCAAAUUCGAUGAAAAACUGGGCAAGGAUCGGGACAGGGGCAAAUACGUCCGCUACCAGCUCGCGCCUAGAGAGAAUUGGGGUCCCAUGUCUCGCGCAAAGUAG